CAACCUUUCUCGUCAAGUAGUGUUGUUUUAAAAGUCUGGAGUUCAAAUUUCAGGAGUCAAAAGACUUUGAAAUUUCAAACGUCUAGAGCUCGUGACUCUUGAAAUUGGUUCGGGGGGGGGAGGAUGAGUGGGGCGCUAUCCAAUAAAGCGCAAUGUCCUGUGUGUUUUUCCUCUUUUUCCCGCCACAUUAUCGCUUCGCAUGCGGCUAAAUGCGGGGUGAAGCCAACGGCGGGCGCUUGGUCCGCUCUCAUGCGUUCCACUGCGCCCAAACGAGCGCGCUCCAACGCCUUACCUGAUGCUCCCGCGGUGUCCGAGACGCAAUCCGCCUCCCGAUUGAACCCGCCCGCCCUCCCCGAAAAACCCGAGAAACCCCAGAGUCAAGCUGUGCCAUUGGCCGAGGCCAUGCGACCUCAGCUUUUAUCGGAGUACGUGGGUCAGACGCAGGUGCUUGAGGACGGCCAACACCUUUGGCGCACUUUGAUUGAACGCAAUCAAAUGCCGAGUGUGAUAUUGUGGGGUCCUCCGGGGUGUGGCAAGACCUCUCUGGCCCAUGUGAUUGCUCAGAAGUGUAAACAAGAUCCCAAGCAUCGAUUCGUUAAGCUCUCAGCUUGCACGUCCAAUGUGGCGGAGAUCAAGGAGGUCGUGAAGGUGGCCAAGAACGACUGGCAAAUGACCAAAAGAAAAACGGUGCUCUUCAUUGACGAAGUCCAUCGUUUCAAUAAGCUUCAACAGGACGCAUUUCUACCUCACGUCGAAAACGGGACCAUCACGCUCAUUGGAGCCACCACAGAAAACCCUUCGUUUAGCUUGAAUUCGGCCUUGCUCAGUCGAUGCAAGGUCAUCCCCUUGGAGGCUCUCUCCACCGAGGCCGUUGUCCAGAUAUUGGAGCGAGCCAAAGACCAGUGUGCCUCUGAGUUUGAGGUAGGCCAAGAUUGUCUGACCUAUCUGGCCCAGAUGUCGAAUGGAGAUGCCCGAACGGCCUUGAACUCGUUCCAAAUGGCCCUAGAUUCUAAUGCCGAGUCCAAGAUCAUCAAUCUUGACCAUAUAAAGGAGAGCUUGCGGCGAUCCCACGUCCUGUACGAUCGGAAGGGUGAUGAGCAUUUCCAUUGCGCUUCAGCCCUUCAAAAGUCGAUUCGUGGCUCUGAUGCGAAUGCGGCGUUAUAUUGGACCAUGCGGAUGCUUCAGGGAGGAGAGGAUCCUCUCUUCAUAGCUCGAAGGCUAGUUCGAAUCUCAUGCGAGGAUGUGGGCCUAGCCGAUCCCUCGGCCUUGGGUAUGGCGGUAUCCGCUAUGCAAGGCUGCCAAUUGAUUGGCAAACCUGAAUGCAAUGUGAUUUUAGCCCAAUGUGCCGUGUACUUGGCCAGAGCGAAGAAAUCGCAUGAAGUGUUGAAGGCUAUGGGCCAAGUGAUCCAACAAAUAUCAAAUUCAGAAGGCGAGGUCUUACCCGGGGUUCCCCUUCACUUGAGAAAUGGUUCCAACAAAUUGGCCAAAGACCUAGGAUAUGGGCUGGGUUAUUCUCAUGAUCUGAACAAAGUCGGUCAUAUGUCAUACAUGCCCGAGGGCUUGGAGGAUCUUAACUUCUUUUCCUAAAUAAAUUUUUGCCAUUGAUGACAAAUCCUACAAACACUCGCAAACACGUUUAUUUUUAUUUUUUUUUAAAUAACAAAAACGCGACAUGAAAACGAA